AUGAAUUUUAGAUUAAUUUCAGUUAUAGUUGCUUUAUUGGCAAUAGUUCAAUUGGGGGUAUCAACAUCAGUAAGGGAAGUUUUGGAAGGAUUUACAAAGUAUUUCUAUAAUUUAAGUUAUGACAGGAAACAAAGUAUAGUAAGUGAAGCGGUGCAAGAAUUACAGAAUGUAUUCCCACAGGGAAUAGAUACAAUUAGCCUUCCAGAAUCUGUUGAUUUAGAAACAUGUAAGGCUACUUUACAAAAAGCAAUAAAACAAAACCAUGAAUGGUAUCUAUUAGCUAUGGGGCAAUUUACACAGUUGAAAUUUUAUAACAGUUUUUUAAAUGAAAAAGUAUCAGAAGACUUACAAGAAGCUAUUAGUAAAGCUUCAUUGGGUAAUAAUGGUCAAGGUAGCUCAGAUUCAAUCGUAGUUAAUGGUGUUUUAUAUAAUUCUCAACAACUUUCCCAAGUUUUAACUGAUGCUCAGGCCUUAAGAGAAGAAAAUGUUCAACUUAGAAAUGCAUUAAGUAGUGUUAGAGAUGAUCUUGAAAAAUCUGCUACGACUAUUGAAGAGUUGAAAUUGGAAGCACAAUCUUCCUUACAAGAAGCUGUUAGAGCAAAAACUGAUAUUUCUAAAUUUGAAAAGAAACUCUCAAUAUGUAGACGUAAUGAAUAUAAUCUAAAGAAGAUCGUAUAUGAAAGCAAGAGAGGAAAGCUCAGUAAAUUCAAGUCAGCAAUUUCAAGACCUUUCAGAUCUUACAGAUUAAAGAAAGCUCUUGGUAAGGAAGGUUACAAGGCACAUAAGCAAAAGAAACAGGCCGACUCUAAAAAGAGAAAAGAAAUGGUUAAGAAGAUCAAGAAAGAAAUGAAACAAUCUAAAAGCGAAAAGAAAAAGAAACUUUUGAAUAAGUCAAUUAAACCUGGUGAAGAUACACCAAUUCCUUCAAGCAUUGAGAGUUCAUUAAAGUCUGAGAACAUUGGAAAGAGUGAAGCAAGUAAUUCAUAUUCAAUGGAAAACUCAGAGAAUUCAAACUCUCACGGUGGACCUUUCUCAGAUUCUGAAGGUUCAAAACAUGAAAAAAGUGAUUCCUCAUUAGGAUCAAUUUUUGAGGGAUCCAGCUAA